CGAUAUUUUCCUUUUCCAAUCUCCAUUCUAGUUUCAGAUCUUUUUUGUUCUUGGAGGCGAUGUCAGCUGCAAUAUUAGGUACCGAAGAUGUUACAUCCUCGGAUAUGAUCAGUCAUUUACCCGAUGAUUUGCUCUUAGGAAUACUCUCAUUAGUUCCAAUAAGCGAGGCAAUGAAUGCAAGCUUACUCUCUAAACGAUGGAUAUCUCUGUGGAAGAUGAUGCCAGUGCUUGAGUACGUUGAAAAUUCUUGUCCGAACAUGACUUCCCAUGGAUUUCUCGAGUUUUGCCGCAGGUCGUUGCGAUUACAUGAAGCUACUGUACUCAAAACCCUAACGAUCAAACUAAAGAAACAAUCUGUUUCUCUUAUACUCCCAAGUUGUUUCCCUGAAACAGUCUUCAAAAAACUGGUCGUCCUGAAACUCCACACCAUCUUUUGUCUUGAAUUUGAUGUUUCCCCACCGGUUUGUUUCCGGUCCCUGAAAAGUCUGCACAUCGCACAUGUGUGGUUCCGUUAUGAAGAAUCUUUAUGCAGACUAAUAUCGUCUUGUCCUGUUCUUGAAGAUCUCUUAAUCAAUGAAGUUAGACUUCGCGGUCGCCAAAGACUCGAGAUAACAAAUUCUCCUUCUUUGAAGUACUUAAAGAUCAAAGAUUUCUCUGGUGAUAUCAUAUUUACUGAGGAUAUGCCUAAUCUGGUGGAGGCUACCCUUAAAGUUGAUCAACGUCCUAAAGAUUUUCUCAGAUUUCUUACUUCAGUCGAGUUUCUUUCGAUACCUUUACAUGCUAAGGAGGUAGACUGUUAUUGUUUUAUUUGAUAAACUAGCACUUUUUUCUUUUUAUUUUUGAUAACCCUUGUAAUGUUGGGUGACGU